AUGGAGGAGCUGGCCCGGGAGAGCAUCAGCCUGCUGACCCGGUCUGCGUCCCACUCCGACCCGCCGGGACUCGGCUCGUUCGGGGCCGUGUUCAUCAUGCUGAAGUCGGCUCUGGGAGCCGGACUGCUCAACUUCCCCUGGGCCUUCCAGAAGGCAGGAGGGGUGACGGUGGCCGUCAGCGUGGAGCUGGUAUGUCUGGUGUUCCUCAUCAGCGGACUCGUCAUCCUCGGUUACGCGUCGUCCGUCAGCGGACAGAGAACCUACCAGGACGUGGUGAGGGAAGUGUGCGGACGAGCUGCCGGACAGCUCUGCGAGGUCUGUUUCUGCUUCAACCUGUUCGUGAUCAGCGUGGCCUUCCUGGUGGUGAUCCAGGACCAGCUGGAGAAACUGUGCGUUUCUUUAUACGAGGUGGCGACGGGAUCGAGCGAGGCAGAAAUGCCUCAUCACUGGUACACCGACCAGCGCUUUGCCCUCUUCAUCAUGUGUCUCUUCAUCAUCUUACCACUGUCCAUCCCGAAGGAAAUCGGCAUCCAGAAGUACACGAGUGUGUUGGGGACGCUGGCUGCGACGUAUCUCUGUGUUGCAGUGGUCGUUAAGUAUUACCUGAUGGACAGCCACACAAGUUUAAUAACUCCACAGCACAGCCAAGGGCUGAGCUCAUGGGCGUCCAUGUUCAGCGUCGUACCAACCAUUUGCUUUGGCUUCCAGUGCCAUGAAGCCUGCAUAGCGAUCUACAGCAGCAUGCAGAACCAGCAGCUCCUCCACUGGGUGCUCAUCUCUGUGCUCUCCAUGCUUUUCUGUUUGCUCGUCUACACCCUCACAGGUGUGUACGGCUUCCUGACCUUCGGGCGAGACGUAGCCUCAGACAUUCUGCUGUCAUAUCCAGGAAACGACGUGGCGAUGAUCAUCUCCAGACUUCUGUUUGGGAUUUCCAUCGUCACCAUUUACCCCAUCAUUCUUCUCCUGGGCAGAUCUGUCAUCCUGAACCUGGUGCUACGAGUUCAGAGACAUCGCCGGGGAGUCGUCACUCGCUCGUUCGAGAGUCGCUGCAGAGUUUUGCUAACCGUGGCCUGGAUCACCUUCACGCUUUCCAUCGCCAUGUUCGUGCCAGACAUGGCCGACGUCAUCAGCGUCAUUGGAGGGAUCAGCGCCUUUUUCAUCUUCAUCUUUCCUGGUUUAUGUUUGAUGUUCACGAUGCAAACAGAAGAGGUCUCUCCAAGAGUCCGGGCCGUUUUAACAGUUUGGGGGGUCAUAACGAUCGUGGUCGGGGUGUUCAUCUUUGGACAGAGCACCACCAUCGCUGUGAUGGAGGUUGUCCACAAGUUCUCCUAGUUUCCACCCAGUUCAACCAGCUGCAGCUGGUCUGUGACGCUCACCUCU